AUGGAGCCCCUCAACGUAUUGAUGGUCGGUACCGGCGAGUACACCACCGGCUUCGUCGGCGGCGGUGCCUCUGGCUCCGACAAGAAGGUUGGUGUCGUCGGUCUCACUCUCUUCGACCUGAGGAGGCGAGGCAAGGUCAACCAGCUGGGCAUGGUUGGCGUUAACGGAACCAAGUUCCCUGCCAUCAGGGAGCAUCUCAACAAGAACAUCACCCAGGUCUAUAACGGCCUCGAUACCUCCUUCGACUCAUUCCCUGCCAACGACAAGAAGGACCCCGACUCCUACAAGACCGCCAUUGACGCCCUGAAGCCCGGUGACGCCAUCACCAUCUUCACACCCGAUACCACUCACUACCCCAUCGCCCUCUACGCCAUUGAGCGCGGCAUCCACGUCCUGCUCACCAAGCCCGCUGUCAAGGAGCUCGAGCACCACCAGGCUCUCAUUGAGGCCGCCGAGAAGAAGGGCGUCUACGUCUUUAUCGAGCACCACAAGCGUUUCGACCCUGCUUACUCUGACGCUCGCUUCAAGGCCCAGAAGCUCGGCGACUUCAACUACUUCUACUCUUACAUGUCUCAGCCCAAGUCUCAGCUCGAGACUUUCAAGGCCUGGGCCGGAGUUGAUUCCGACAUCUCCUACUACCUCAACAGCCACCACGUCGACAUUUGCGAGUCCAUGGUCACCCAGCAAGGCUUCAUUCCCGUCAAGGUCUCCGCCUCUGGCUCUAAGGGUAUUGCCACCGAUCUCGGCUGCGACCCUGCCACCGAGGACACCAUCUCCGUCCUCGUUCACUGGGAAAAGAAGGGCGACCCCAGCAAGAAGGCUACUGGUGUCUACACCGCCAGCUGGACCGCACCGCAGCGCGCCGGUGUCCACUCAAACCAGUACUUCCACUACCUCGCCGCGAAUGGCGAGAUCCGUGUCGACCAGGCCAAGAGAGGCUACGACGUCGCUGAGGAUUCCGCCGGCCAGCUGAUGUGGUACAACCCCUUCUACAUGCGCUACGCCCCCGACGAGGACGGCAACUUUAACGGCCAGACUGGCUACGGAUAUAUCUCCCUCGAGAAGUUCGUCGACGGCUGCAGGCAAGUCAACUCUGGCCAGCUGAAGCCCAAGGACCUGGACGCCAAGGGUCUGCCCACCCUGAAGAACACCAUUGCUACCACUGCCAUUCUGCACGCCGGCAGAAAGAGCAUAGACGAGAACCGUGAUAUCAAGAUUGAGAUCAACGACGGUGUGUGGAAGCUGGUGUAA